AAAUAAAUGGAUGAAAAGGCAAGCGGAUUCAGUUUGGACUUUAGAAAAAAACAACAAUUAGCCCAGUAAAAUCUCAACUUUGCUGGGACUUGGGGUGUGAGGGUCAAGAUGUACACAACCUUAUCGCUGUAUUAAAACCCAGAGGUUCUUUUUGUUAGACCUUGAUGUUUUGCCAUUUUCAUAUAGUGCAUUACGUGCCCAAAGCUCAAACAUUGUCAAUAAUGAUUCUUUUAGCUCAAUUGCCAAUGGACACAAAGCAGAUUCAGUUUUAAAGACAACAGAUUCGGACAAAAAGCAAAAGGGAUACACUUGUUGUGGACUGGUGGUUUUCCAAAAAAGGGAAGAUCUUUUUUCUUCUCAAAGUUGCACUGUAGUUUUUGGUCAAGUGGCAUUGUGGCUAGAACCCACUGUUAUGAAUAGCUGUGAUGGAGUUAUUUUCUGAAAGGAAAAUGCCCGUGAUUGGACUGCCUCAUACCUCUCCGGGCAAAAACAUUUCGCUCUUAGAAGAGGCACAAAAUGUGAAGUUCAAGAAAUAUAAAUCUGAAUGCACCCAAUAUUUAAUGUCCAAGUACUUUUCAGACAAAACUAUCUUUGGAGGAAAUAUUUUUGAUGUUAAAAUGACCAUAGAUAGAGAGCCAAUCAAAGUGAGCAGGUUUCCUGGGUACCUGUCAUACGCAGAUCCGGCUAAUUUUCAGGACGAGAGCAGCGCGUCAACUCCAGCAUGCAGUGCUAAUGGGACCCACCAGCCUUCCAUGAAUGGGAACUAAUCUUUGGUUUCUUUUACCCUUUGACUGAAGAUGCAACCUGAUGGUUUGUUUGGUCAAAACUAUCCAAAGGGGAAGGCACACCUUUAUUCUUGAAACAAGUUUUGAAAGUUGGCAAACUGUUUAGGUAAUGCUCAGUAGCUUUAAAGCCUGAAGCUAUUUAUCCUGUUGUAUUACAGCUGUAAACAAGACUUUUACCAUGCUUAGGAUGAUUUACAUUUUACACCUUAUAAAUGCAUGCCCAUAUAUUAAACAACAACAAACUUA